ACGACUUGUCGCGCUCGAGAGUGCAGUAUCUUUUAACUGAGUUGCCCCAUUUCAUGUACUCAAGGAGUUUCGUGCCGCGUAAAUCUCAACCACGAAGUACGCAUCCGAAGCUAUCGACGUGGAUUCUUCUCAUCCUGCCACAGUUCUUAUUCUAGCCGCAUACAGCGCCGCAUACAGCUCCGAAGCUCCGCAGUGAUGGCUCCCCGGGGGCCCUCGAAAGCUCGCGACUAUGAUUACGCCAACGUUGGCAAAGCCGGAAGGCGCACAGGAAUAAUCCUCAAGGAAGGAAGGCGUGAUGAAUUCGGCAUGGAAGAAGUUGAUGGCAUAUUCUCCUCCCCCGAAAGCUCCCCGACGAGAGACAAUGGGUUUGGCAUCCGGAAUGAAGCUUCAGUCGGCUCAGAUGGCAUGUCCAUGGAUGAGGGAACUGGACCUGGCCCUGCGGACUAUUUAAACAGCAGACGUGGCUCUUAUCUACCUCCCCCUGUCGCACGAUCGCCUAUGAAAACUGGGCUCACAGGAUCCCCGCGGCGAACGCCCGGUCUGCGGUCGUCGCAGAGUCCACAGCACAAUCACCUCUCCUCCAGUCCUUCCGAUGGAAAGGGGUUGGGAAUCGCAAAAAGCGACUCAUGGCGUGACAUCUCCCCUCUGACCAAUCGUUCCGUGAACGCGACACCGUCUAUGAACCACCUGCACAGCGCGCGCAUUAGCAAGAAGACUGAGAUGGUCGCCCAACAGCUCAUAAAUCAAGGCUACUCUGAUAGCGAUACUAGCGUUCAGUCAAGUGGUGACGAAAAUGCGGAUGCGCUUGGACAGGAGCAUGAUGCAGUAGAAAGCAUCCCUGCCGACGACGACGUUCUGACGCAGGACCCUAUAGACGACUUGAGUUUGGAUGAGUCACGCCCCGAGUCCCCAUUCAUUCUUGCUCCCAAAGCACGUACGAAAGGUCGACCUAAGGCUUCCUUGAUGGCGAACGUGGAUGGCACAAGACAGAGGUUGCACAUUCCGGACGCUAGUGAUCUUUCUGAUAUAGUACAAGCAGAUGCCGCACAAAAGCGCAAGCGCCCUGGCAGGCCCGCCAAGUCUCAGCACAGCACAGCUCAUGAUCUAACUGAGCAGAGACUGAUAAAGAAACCUAGAGUGGAUGCUCAGACUAAUCGAAGAUCGAGUUUAUCUGGCGACGCUGAGCUGGAUCAAGUGGUGGAGAACUAUAUUAAUCGCACGGGGCCGUUGAAGGGUCGGAGCUUGUAUGUGUUGAAGCGCGAAGCCCCGUCAGACGACACUGCUACGCAUACCCGAUCGGGUCGCGUCUCAGUAAGACCUCUCGCUUACUGGAGAAACGAGCGAUGUGUUUACGGUGGCGGCGAGGCUGUAGAAGGUCAAAGAUUUCCAUUGUCAACCAUUAAGGAGAUCAUUCGCACAGAAGAGCUUGAGCCAGAACAAUCCCACUCAGGCAAACGCCGCCCUUCGAAAAAGUCUCGAGCGAAACAGAGUAGAGAUGAAGACUCUGAUGAGGAUGCGGCUUAUUUAGACCCGUGGGAAAAGAAAGGUGGAAUACUGCAUGGUUAUGUCAGAAUGUGGGAUUCAGAAUCUCAGACGGCAGCAGAGUCGGACAUCGUUGAUCUCGCAUAUGCCCCGUCUGGCAUGGAGACCAAAAGUGUUAAGGACUCGUCGUGGCGAUUCGCUAAACUCAUCAGUUCUCCCUUCAUGGGUUCUGGGAUCGUUGAGUUGCCGCCUGGCGGAGUCAAAAAGCCCAAAAACUCUAAGAAAAUGCAUAUGGUUUUCUACAUUUGCAAUGGACGCGUGCAGGUAGAUGUCUCAGGGGUACGGUUCAGUGCGGGCAAAGGCUGUGUAUUUCAAGUGCCCAGAGGCAAUUAUUACAGCUUUGCGAAUACGCACAACAAGGAUGCACGGUUAUUUUUCACACAAGGCUGUCUACCUGAAAAUGACGACUCUGCCCCUGACUCUGCGACAAAGGCCGGUAUUAUGGAAGCUGACUCGAGCACACCGACAGGGCGCCCCACGACUACAGGGAAAGGUAGGCCCAGGGGCAAGCAGAAAACCGGGCCCGGGCGCAAGGCGAAAUGAGUCAGCGGCGUGCUAUGACCAUUCUACUUCACCUCUUGAGGAUUGCUCCGUUCAACUCCUCGCCUAUCCGCACUAUGCUUUGCUCGCCUUUCCACCGGAGUGUUGGCUUCUGAAUUAGCAAGUAUGUCACUUAACUGCUGGGAUGAUAAGGAUAUAGUUCGUCACCACAUAUUCCAUUUCUUUGGCGCCGGGGCGUGUGAGUCCAGAAGAAUUAAGCUGCGAUUAAAAGCUUCAUUGGAGUCUUAUGUAUCAGUUAGUGCAAGGUUGUUUCAUGUAGUGG